AUGACGGAGGGAAUGUUAGUAGCCUCAGGAGGAGCGCGCAUGCGUCUGCGUUUGGGGCUGAUCGGCGUAUUGGUGGAUGGGACUCCUCCUUCGACUACUGUUGUUGGUCGGGAGAGGAGGUCGUUACGGUCUCACGAUGGAGGGUCGAGGUCGAAGAGUGAACUGGCGUUAUAUUUUCAGAAUUACGAGCAGAUUCUUAGCUUGGAGCCUGUGAAGCCUGUCUUUCUCAUCGAUGAUCUCACCCAGCCCAUCACACUUGAUCCUCCGCCGACAAAUGUAUCAGCGGCCAAACUUAGAGGAAAACAGCAACACAAAAGAAAUCUAAUAGAUGACGAAGUCGUGCAAUCAGGAAUGGACAACCCACUUCUUGAGUUGCAUGAUGCCCAAAUACUUGACCUACGGCCAUCAACAAAUAAUAGUAGGAAACCACCAAAAGAUCCAUUGGAUGACGAUGUCUACUUCAAGGCCCACCGGAGAAUCGAACGGCAAGAGAAACAGCUUCGGAAUAUUGAGAAAGAGAGGGCUCAGCAUGAAAAGGUCCAGCUGGAUCGACUACUUGAUGAGCUUCAUGGUCAUGACUGGCUACGAGUUAUGGGUAUAAGUGGAAUCACAGAGACAGAAAAGAAGCUAUACGAACCGAAACGCGCGUAUUUCAUCAAAGAGGUGUCGGCGUUGAUUGAGAAAUUCAGAUUAUGGAAAGAAGAGGAAAGACGAAGAAAGAUGGAAAAAGAUCAAUCCCUCGCUGGCGAAGUCGAUGACGGUGAAGAUGAAGGAGAUGAUAACGAAGAAGACGAAUCCGAGGCCGAGGAUCACGACGAUGAUGAAGCUCAGGAAGUGGUUGACCAAUCCAACCCAUGGGGAAAUGGUAACAGGCCCCAACCCAACGGGGACCUGAACUCUCCUUCUCCAGACUUCCAAACCUACGGUGAGCCCCCAGACAUCAAUGAUGUCGAUGCCUGGGCAGCCCACCAGCUCCAUCAAGAAGCCAUCUCAGCCUCCUCAAACACAUCCCGCCACACCAACCUACGUCCCGAACAUGUCUCCCUACCAACAUCUCCUUCAUCUUCAUCAUCAUCCUCUUUUUCCUCCCCUUCGCCCUCAUCCUCCUCGCCUACAUCCACAUCCACAUCCUACCCUGCCCCUACUGGUCGCGAUUCUGACCCAGCUGCCGCUACCCUUAGCCCCGCCACGACACACAUCUCCGCACAGGCACCCACCUCACCAACACCACCGGCACCACCGCCGCCAGCCCUUCCAGAACCCCAACCGUUUACAUCAUUCUAUACGAAACGGCACCUCCGUGACGCCGCCGUCGGGAAAAUCCGACGGGGCCGCUCGCGGACCGCGUUCGGGCAGCCGCUGUCAGAAGUAGCGGCGCGGGAGUUCCAGCUGCCUAGAGACAUCCUUACGGAAGAGGCGAUCGAUGCCUGUCAGAGGAAGAAGAGGCGGCUGCGGAGGGCGCGGAGGGCUUGA